AUGUCUGGCAACAGUCACAGAGAGCUGCUGCUUCUGUUGGAAGCAGGCAGUGACGGCGUUCUAAACCAUGACGUCAGGUUCGUGGGUUUUGUUUGUGCUUUCAGGAAAACGGUGCGUGGCGAGAAGGGAGUUCAGCUCAGAAAAGAAAACCCAACAGAAACCGGAGUUAGAGAAAUGAAAUGGUGA